CCGACAGAGGAGCCAACUCCAACGGACAAAAGAACCGGCAGGCCGAGAAAAUCCUUCUCUAAUGACGCAGCAUCAUCGACGCAUGCGCAAUACGUUUGGAUAACAAUGUGGCAGCGCUUGUCAAAUCCCUUCAUACGGCUCAAUCAAACGCAAAGUUAUUUAACAUCUAAAUGGUUCAAAGCUCUGCUCGCCCACCGACUGUUCACUAGUGGUGCUGAGCUGACCUACAGCUACGAUGGGCUGUACCCUGGACACAUCCAGACCACCUCCUUCCAGAAAGCACUGCUGGCCAUCGGAUCAGGAGUGGCGGCUCUGCAGGACCCCUACAGACACGACAUGGUUGCUGUGCUGGGAGAAACUACAGGACAUUUAGCGCUUAUAAAUCUAAGGGAGCGGAUGAAAAAUGACCCCGAGGGUUACACGAUCCUGACAGAAAGGCCAAGGAUCCGUCUGUCUACACUCGAUCUGGAAAAGAUGGCUUCCCUACCAGAUGAGUCGUUUGGGCGAGAGUAUCUCAGAUUUCUGGAGGACAAUAAAGUGACGCCUGACUCUAGAGCGGAGGUGAAGUUUGUGGACAAUGAGGAGCUAGCUUACAUCAUGCUGAGAUAUAGAGAGGUCCAUGACCUGUUGCACACCUUACUGGGCAUGCCCACUAACAUGCUGGGUGAGGUGGCGGUGAAAUGGUUUGAAGCCGCUCAGACGGGGCUUCCCAUGUGCGCUCUGGGAGCCUUGCUGGGGCCACUUCGGCUGAAUGCAAGUCGUUUACAGUCACUCUUCACAUCUUUGGGCCCCUGGGCCCUGCAGAAUGGCAGGCGGGCCCGCUGCGUUCUCAGCAUCUUUUACGAGAGGCGAUGGGAGCAGAGCCUGGAGGACCUCAGGCGGGAGCUGAACAUCGAGCCACCUCCACUCACACUAAGUGCCUCAAACAAGAGGAGGACACAAAUAUAAACUGAUCAGCAGCCAAAACAAAAAUAUUUGAAGAAUAGCAGUGUGGGAUUUUUGUCUUGUGGGAUGUAAUUAUCCACAGAGGACAUGGGGGAGAGAAUUUUGAUUCUGGGAAACACUGGCUCAUUUAUCUGAUUCACAAAAAGCAUUCAUUGACUCCGUUUUCAACGUGUGGCAUAUUUAAGUUUCUAAUUCCUUCUUAUUGUGUCUUCAUCCUUCAAGAACUUCAGCAGUCAGUUUAGAAUGUGAUUCGUUUGGAGUAGGAAAUACCAAAAAUACACUUCAGAGCCUAAGAAUGGACGGUUCUUUUAGCAAAUAUAAUUUUCACAUUCAUAUAAUGGCCAUUAUUAUCCACAAUCUUAUUUACUAGAACCUGAUAUUAUCUCUCAACAGAGUCUGGUUAAGUGCUUCUCAUUAAACCUGUUUUAACCGAGUGGUUUAUGUAGCGUUGGUGCAGCUGCAUCUGUUUAACCUUUAAACAGUCUUAUCACAAACAUGAAAUAAAAUGGUGAGCAGGAGUUUCACUAUCUGCUUUUUGUUCUGACUAAUAGCACGUACCUAAUAAUGAUCAGUUGGUGUAAAACCACAUAUCCAGGAAAUGAGAGUCCAGGAAGUCUGUGGUUAAUUUACCCAGAAGUUCUGUAGAAAUGAUGCUGAUAUACAGCUGGUCUUUCCCCAAUCGUUUUUUUUAUUUUCUACAGAAAAUAGACGGUGUUUGUCACUGUCCAACAUUAAGUAUGCGAUUACAGAGAAGUAAGCUUGUAGAUUGAAAUAUUAAAAUUUAUGGGUAACUUUUAAAAAUGAACUUUUGACAUAGAGCACAAAUAGUCCAGCAGUUAUUGUUGUAAGAUAUAGUGUGAGUUUGCAACUAAAUUAUGAUUUUAUGUAGAAUGUAAAUAGCCGUGGUAAACAAAACAAAACAAAAAAACAACAUGUGGUUUUAUGUUUUAACAGAAAUCAACUCAAAUUUCUUUGCAAGUAUUGAGUACAAAAAUAUAAACAGCCAACAAGAUCUCCCAGUCCUAUUAGAUAUCAGUACAAAUAAAUAUUAACUGGUUAAGUCCUAAUUAGUGUUACCUAUGAGGGCGACAGUAAAACCUGAUAUAAUCUAUUUUGCAUUAUAUUGAAAGCCAUGACUUCAACAACCAUUUUUUAUUAAAAAAAAAACAAAAAAACAACAGUUUAUCUAGAAUUGGUGAUGACACUAACAAUACAGUAACUUUACGUUUUGGUUUAUACAAUUAUUUUGAAUAUUUGAGAUGAUAAAAUAAAUACACGUGGCACUAAAAACUUGGUUUGUAUUGUGUAUUUUUGUUAGAUUGUAAAGUUUUAAAUGUAAAAAUUUAACUCUUUUAUUUCCAUAAUGGACAUUAUUUGAGGAGAAAUAGCAGUUCACAUUACCGCAAAACCACCAGAACAAGAGUAAGGACCGCAGGUGGAAAUAUAAUAUGAGGAUGUUUUUUACAUGUUGUACUUUAUACAUCUGGGGAAAGAAUAAGAGAAUGAACAAGCAGAGAUUCUUAAAAGGCAUCUAAAGACUAAAAUAAAGUGUGGAUUUUUUUGCCAGACAUCGACCCCAUUGUUCUGAAAACGUAAUUACGAUAAGAAGUCUUUUUUUUUACAUCUUUUUUUUUUUUUUUUAAGUAUAUGUGCAUAUUCUUUGCUGUACCAUUUUAUUUCAUGUAAUUAAUGGACUAACUUGUCUCAUGAAGAUAAUUUGAAGCCACUUGCAUGUGUUAAGCAAAGGAAAACUUUUCAUUAAGCUGUCAUUUCUUCUUUAAAAAUUUGUUAUUUGACUCUGAUCUUAAAAUGUCAUGUUGUCAUUAGCUGUUAGUAGAAAUUAUAAUUAACAGACUUUAAAACAUCAGUCUGUGUAAUCUAAUGUUUUUCACCUAGCAAACGGAGUCACUGAAUUAAACUUUUCAACACUUUUCUAAUUUACUGAAUGUAAAAACUUAUUUUUAAAAUAAAAUUAAAUGCAAAAUACAGUAAAUGUUUAGUGAUUGAAGGUUGGUCACUUUCAGAAUGGGAAAAGAGUGUUUUGACUCUUGAGUAGUUGAACAAAGCAGGAUUUUAUUUCAACCAGGGAAACUUUAAAAACACAGAUCUGUGCACUGUUAUGCAGAAAUCUAAGCAGAACAUAAAAAACCCCCAAAGAACUAUAAUCACAGCUCAUUUAUGUAGGUCUGCACACAGCACAAACACAGUUUCCAAUUUUUGGCUUUUCGACCUCUAAGCAUAUUUUAGUCUGCCUCUAUAUAUAGUUCCUACUGAAAAUCCCCUUCACAGUCAACAUGGGUACCAGGAUACAGGGUGUCAUCACAAAGAACAGUUUUCUCCAGGAACACUUGGAUAUCCACUCCUUGAUUGGACCAGCAUGGCACUAUCCCAGCCUGACACGAGGCUUCAGGUUUUACUGUUAUGAAAACAGAUAGUGUCUCCUGGAAGCAGUCUGACGUCUGUUUUUGGUUCCUCCUAACACUCCCUGUGCAUAACUCAGGCUAACCUCAAUGAAUCACAUGAAGGACCGAGCAUGUAGAAUAAUAAUGGACAUAAAAUAUACACAAAUAUAUGAAAUGAACUUGUAUCUUGUGAUGAAAAUGUUCUUUAGGGGGUCCAAGUUGGUGUAUGUGAAGAGGUUUUUUUUCUGUAUUGAUACUGGGUUAUAGGAAUAUAAGAUUGUAUGUUACAGAACAUUUAUUUUUAAUGUUUUGAUAUUUCCUUUUUUUCAUCUUGAACUUUUAUUAGGCAACAUAUUAUCUCAUGAAUGUACCUGCAGUAUAUAUGUUCUGUAUUGUUCUUUUUUACAGUGUUCUUUGCGUGUUCUUGUGUCACUAAGUGAAGAUAGAAAUUACCUCUGAGAACUACAAUCUGGUAUAAAAUACAUUUUCCUUUGAGAUUAAUGCUUCUGUUCAUGAUCCCUGUUCAAUAAAAGAAACAGACAGUAAGGUUUUACACACUCUUCCUGAUUUAAAAUGCGUUAUGAGCAUGUCAUUUUAGACAAGUUUUAUGUUAAAAUAUUUUACAGUUUCAUCAGACAAUAUAUGGAUAUAAAGUUGUAGUGCUAAGACAA